AAGUCAGAAAUGGUUGAGGAAGGGGAGGGAAUGCAUUUUAAAAAAAAAAAGAGAGAAAAACUGGGGGUUUUGGUACAAUUCUAUUGACUGCAUAUUAUGAAACAAUGGUCAAUCCAUAGUUAAGGUUGGAGCUAGCUCAGUUUUCAGCCUCCUCCUCUAUAUUUUGUUUUGCUGAUAAAAGACAAAAUUUUAGGAAAAGAGAGAGAGUUGUGACUCUGUAAGGCAAGGACUAUACAAGAAAAGAUACAUAUUCCCAUUUAGCAAUCCAAAAGAAAAUAUUUUUACAUUUUCAAUGUUUAUAGGCUCCUUAUGACUCUGUUAUUAUUUCAAAACUACUUAAUACAAGGUCUUCAAUUUCAUUUUACUUUAACGAGAAAUGAGGAAGAUCAGCAGCUUGCAAGAUGUGUUCAAGAUCUCACAAGAUAGGACCUUAAGCUAUUGCUUUUGGCAAUUAUCACAAGUUACUGGCUGCUUGACAUAACUUUCAGUACUAGAAAAUGGAAAACACACAUAUAGACAAAGACUGAAAUGGAAAUAUUAACACAUUAAGUGAAUAAUUCUUUUAAUGUGUACUAUAACAUGUUUCCUUAGCCAGAUGCUCACAAAAUUGCUACCAUUAAUCAAUACUACACUUUUAUUAAGAUGAGUUGAAAAUAUUCUGCAGAAUUCAUAUGCUUCCAGCAGUACUAUUCCUACCCAAAACUGUUUGCUUGAUUAGUAAAUAAAUCAUGUAGGCAGUAUGGAGUUGUUUCACUCUUUCCAUACUUUAUUACUUUAUCAUCUAAUCCUAGUACAUAUUUACUGAACUGUAAAUGUAUUAUUCAUUUGGUUGGUUUGUAGUCUGAUCUCAUUACUGUUAUCAUAUUAAUUCUGUAAUUCAUGGAAUUUUAAAAUAUGCACAGGAACACACAUACUGAAUUAAUCUAUUGUGUAGCAAUAUUUUUGACCAUCUUUGUUGACCUCGCAACAUACUUUUAAGUAACCAAACUGAAAAAACAACUUUUGUACAUUAACCAUCAGCAGAAUUAUAAUGCAACCUGAGAUCUGUCCAGUAUUAUUGUCCCAAUCAGCUACAAGACUUUCAUUCUGCCACCAGCACCGAAUAUUUCAGUCAACAGUAAUCAUUUAGGGGAAAUAACACCCACAAGAGCUCCCCAGGCUCAGAGGCCUCAGUCUCUAUAGCAACGGCUCUCCUCCCCGUCUCUACGGCGACUCCUCCCGCCCCUUCCGGGCGGAAGUGGCCAGCCGGAAGUGGGCGGAACGCGGCGCUGGCAGGGCGGAUGCGAGGCCGCAGGGGUAGCAGCGCGGGGGGCAGGGCCCGGCCGGAGCCCGCUAGACAGCCCCAAGUUUCCUGAAUAUUUAAUCUACUACUUGGACAUCUGGCCUCACUACAAUGCAACAAGCUUUAGAACUGGCAUUGGACCGUGCAGAGUAUAUCAUUGAAAGUGCCCGUCAGAGACCUCCCAAACGAAAAUAUUUAUCCAGUGGAAGAAAAUCUGUGUUUCAAAAGCUGUAUGAUUUGUAUAUAGAAGAAUGUGAAAAAGAGCCUGAGAUAAAGCAGAAGCUGAGGCGAAAUGUGAAUUUACUUGAGAAGCUGGUUAUGCAGGAGACAUUGUCAUGUCUAGUUGUGAACCUCUAUCCAGGAAAUGAGGGAUAUUCACUUAUGCUCAGGGGAAAAAAUGGCUCAGAUUCUGAGACCAUUCGACUGCCUUAUGAAGAAGGAGAAUUGCUUGAAUAUUUGGAUGCAGAGGAGCUACCACCUAUUUUGGUUGACCUUUUGGAAAAAUCUCAGGUUAAUAUUUUUCAUUGUGGGUGUGUCAUAGCAGAAAUUCGUGACUACAGACAGUCUGGUAACAUGAAAUCACCAACAUACCAAAGCAAGCACAUUCUUUUGCGUCCAACAAUGCAAACUUUAAUAUGUGAUGUUCAUUCUAUAACCAGUGACAACCACAAAUGGACACAAGAGGAUAAACUUCUACUUGAAAGCCAGCUUAUUUUAGCUACAGCAGAGCCUCUGUGUCUUGAUCCUUCAAUAGCAGUAACCUGCACAGCAAAUAGACUCCUCUAUAACAAGCAGAAGAUGAAUACUCGACCAAUGAAACGGUGCUUUAAGAGAUACUCCAGGUCAUCUCUGAAUAGGCAGCAGGAUGUGGCUCAUUGUCCGACUCCACCUCAACUGAGAAUACUUGACUACUUACCUAAAAGAAAGGAAAGGAAAGGAGCCCAACAAUAUGAUCUCAAAAUUUCUAAAGCUGGAAAUUGUGUAGAUAUGUGGAAACAGAAUCCUUGCUGCUUGUCUGCUCCUUCUGAAGUGGAUGUGGAAAAAUAUGCCAAAGUGGAAAAGUCUAUCAAACCUGAUGACUCACAACCAACUGUCUGGCCAGCACAUGAGAUAAAAGAUGAUUAUGUAUUUGAAUGUGAAGUUGGUAAUCAACUUCAGAAAACAAAACUGACCAUUUUUCAGUCUCUUGGUAAUCCUCUGUACUAUGGUAAAAUACAGACACUCAAAGGUGAUGAGGAGAAUGAGAGCCUAGUAACUCCAUCACAGUUUCUGAUUGGCUCCAAGACUGAUGCUGAAAGGGUCGUAAACCAAUACCAAGAGCUAGUUCAAAAUGAAGCUAAAUGUCCUGUGAAGAUGUUUCAUAACUCAGGCGGAUCAGUUAAUCUGAGUCAUCUUUCUCCAGGGAAGGAAAUGGAACAGCCAGAAAGUUUGUCAGGUUCUGUUCAGUCUUCAGUAUUGGGAAAGGGUGUGAAGCACCGACCUCCCCCGAUCAAAUUACCUUCAAGUUCAGGAAGUAGCUCUUCAGGUAAUAUUUUUAGUCCACAGCAGUCAAGUGGCCACCUAAAGUCCCCAACUCCUCCUCCUCCUCUUCCUCCUUCUAAGCCUCCCAGUCUCUCUCGGAAACAAUCUAUGGAUCUUAGUCAAGUUAGCAUGCUUUCUCCAGCUGCCAUGUCUCCUGCAAGUUCUUCACAAAGGUCUGGAACUCCUAAACCAUCUACUCCUACUCCAACCAACACCCCUUCAUCGACCCCACACCCUCCUGAUGCUCAGAGCUCAACUCCUAUUACCCCUUCUGCCACCCCUACUCCCCAAGAUUCAGGCUUCACCCCUCAGCCCACUUUGUUAACCCCGUUUGCUCAGCAGCAAAUGUCACUGAGCCAGGCAUUGCCUGUAAUGACCAUUCCUCUUUCCACCAUGGUAACAUCCAUUACUACAGGAACAGCCUCCACCCAGGUCAUGGCAAACCCUGCAGGACUUAACUUCAUCAAUGUAGUGGGCUCUGUUUGCGGAGCACAGACAUUGAUGAGUGGCUCAAACACCAUGCUGGGAUGUAAUACUGGUGCCAUAGCCCCUGCAGGUAUAAAUCUGAGUGGCAUAUUACCAUCAGGAGGUCUGGUACCAAAUGCACUGCCAGCUGCAAUGCAGUCUGCCUCUCAAGCAGGCAGCACUUUUGGUUUAAAAAAUACUUCCAGUCUUCGGCCUUUAAAUCUACUACAGCUUCCAGGUGGCUCACUUAUUUUCAACCCACUCCAGCAGCAGCAGCAACAGCAGCUAUCACAGUUUUCUCCACAGCAGCAGUCACAACAGCCUACCACCUCUAGUCCUCAACAACAGGGAGAACAGGGGUCUGAGCAAGGUGCAUGCAGUCAAGACCAGACAUUAUCUGCGCAACAAGCUGCUGUGAUUAAUCUUACUGGAGUAGGGAACUUUAUGCAACCUCAGGCAACAGUGUUGUCUCAGCUUGGCUCUGCCGUGAACAGACCUGGGCAAAGCCUUCCUCAGCAGACACUCCAGUUCUCCUCUGCCUUACAACAACAGCAACAACAACAAGCCUUGCAGCAGCAGCAGCAGAUACAACAGUUGCGAUUCUUGCAGCAAACGGCUAUGGCAGCAGCAGCAGCAGCACAAGCAGCUCACCUACAACAUCAGCAACAUUCAGGCAGCCACUCAAAAAGUAAAAGGAAGAGAGGUGCACCAGCCCCUCCGAGCUCCUGAGCCUGGCAGUUUUAUAUCUAAAAAAAAGAAAAAAAAAAA